AUGACCUACCCAUAUAGGAAGAUUCCCAGCCAUUUUGCCAAAGAUGGGCCCCGGGAAGGAGACACUGGCCCUUCGGGUGCUUCCCUUCUGCCCUCGGGAGCGCUGGGGAGUAGCAGCGGUCUGAGCAAGGAGAGCCUCGAAGAGAAAGUGACUUUGGCCCCUCUGAAUCCAGCGCAGUCGGGGGAAGAUCUUCGAGAGCCGGAGCUAGAAGGGGCAGUCCCUUCGGCCGCCCUGUCCACGCGGCUGCCGGAGGAGGCCGCCACCAAGCGCGCCCUCCCCUCCGGGAAGAAGGUGCCUUCGCUCAAGCAGGUGAACUCGGUCAGGAAACAGCUGCGGCCCAAAGCCACCUCCACGGCAGCUGUCCAGAGGGCGGCGUCCCCGCCUGCAUCCUCGGGCCUGGGGCUCCUCUCCUCCGACACCGAGAAGCCCCGCCCCCCGGGAGACCCCGAGCCCGCCGCCUCCGAGGAGCCCCUCUGGCUGGACCGGAAGGCAGGUGCGGUCCCCACGACGCCCGCACCCCUGCAGAUCUCCCCCUUCACCUCGCAGCCCUACAUGGCCCACACGCUCCCCCAGAGGCCCGACCCCGGGAAGUCUGAGGCGCCUGAUGAUGCCCCCGAGGCUCCCCCAGAAGAUGCCAGUCCCAUGACCUUAAUGGACAAAGGCGAGAACGAACUGACCGGGUCAGCCUCAGAGGAGAGCCAGGAGACCACGACAUCCACCAUCAUCACCACCACAGUCAUCACGACUGAGCAGGCCCCGGCUCCCUGCAGUGUGAGCUUCUCCGAUCCUGAAGGGUACAUCGACUCCAGUGACUACCCACCGCUGCCCCUCAGCGGCUUCCUGGAGUGUACGUACAACGUGACGGUCUACACUGGCUACGGUGUGGAGCUCCAGGUGAAGAGCGUGAACCUGUCGGACGGCGAGCUGCUCUCCAUCCGCGGGGUGGAUGGUCCCACCCUGACUGUCCUGGCCAACCAGACUCUCCUGGUAGAGGGACAGGUUAUCCGAAGUCCCACCAACACCAUCUCUGUCUACUUCCGGACCUUCCAGGAUGACGUCCUUGGGACUUUUCAGCUGCACUAUCAGGCCUUCAUGCUGAGCUGCAAUUUUCCCCGCCGGCCCGACUACGGGGAUGUCACGGUGAUGGACCUGCACCCGGGCGGGGUGGCCCACUUCCACUGCCACCUGGGCUAUGAGCUCCAGGGCGCCAAGACGCUGACUUGCAUGAACGCCUCCAAGCCACACUGGAGCAGCGAGGAGCCCGUCUGUUCAGCCCCUUGUGGAGGGGCUGUGCACAAUGCCACCAUUGGCCGGGUCCUCUCCCCAAGUUACCCAGGAAACACUAAUGGGAGCCAGUUCUGCGUGUGGACCAUCGAAGCUCCAGAGGGCCAGAAGCUACACCUGCAUUUCGAGAGGCUGUCAUUGCAUGAGAAGGACAGGAUGAUGGUCUACAGUGGCCCGACCAACAAGUCUGCUCUUCUCUAUGACUCCCUCCAAACCGAGAAUGUCCCCUUUGAGGGUCUGCUGAGUGAGGGCAACAGCAUCCGCAUUGAGUUCACCUCUGACCAGGCGCGAGCAGCCUCAGCCUUCAACAUCCGGUUCGAGGCCUUUGAGAAGGGCCACUGUUAUGAGCCCUACAUUCAGAAUGGGAAUUUCACCACAUCUGACCCGACCUAUAACAUCGGAACCAUAGUGGAGUUCACCUGUGACCCCGGCCACUCUCUGGAGCAGGGUCCAGCCAUUAUCGAGUGCAUCAAUGUGCGGGACCCCUACUGGAAUGACACAGAGCCCCUAUGCAGAGCCAUGUGUGGUGGGGAGCUCUCUGCCGUGGCCGGGGUGGUGCUGUCCCCAAACUGGCCAGAGCCGUAUGUGGAAGGUGAAGAUUGUAUCUGGAAGAUUCACGUAGGGGAGGAGAAACGGAUCUUCUUAGAUAUCCAGUUCCUGAACCUGAGCAACAGCGACAUCCUGACUAUCUAUGAUGGCGAUGAGGUCAUGCCUCACAUCUUGGGGCAGUACCUUGGGAACAGUGGUCCCCAGAAGCUGUACUCGUCCACGCCGGACUUAACCAUCCAGUUCCACUCGGACCCUGCUGGUCUCAUCUUUGGGAAAGGCCAGGGAUUUAUCAUGAACUACGUAGAGGUAUCAAGGAAUGAUUCCUGCUCAGACCUGCCGGAGAUCCAGAACGGCUGGAAAACCACCUCUCAUACGGAGCUUGUGAGAGGAGCCAGAAUCACGUACCAGUGUGACCCGGGCUAUGACAUAGUGGGGAGUGACACCCUUACCUGCCAGUGGGACCUCAGCUGGAGCAGCGACCCCCCGUUUUGUGAGAAAAUUAUGUACUGCACCGACCCCGGGGAAGUGGACCACUCGACCCGCUUAAUUUCGGAUCCCGUGCUGCUGGUGGGCACCACCAUCCAAUACACGUGCAACCCUGGCUUUGUGCUGGAGGGGAGCUCUCUUCUAACCUGCUACAGCCGAGAGACCGGCACGCCCAUCUGGACGUCGCGCCUACCCUACUGUGUUUCGGAAGAGUCCCUGGCGUGUGACAACCCUGGCUUGCCCGAAAACGGUUACCAAAUCCUGUAUAAGCGGCUCUACCUGCCAGGAGAGUCCCUCACCUUCAUGUGCUACGAAGGCUUUGAGCUCAUGGGCGAAGUGACCAUUCGAUGCAUCCUGGGACAGCCAUCCCACUGGAACGGGCCCCUGCCCGUUUGCAAAGUUAAUCAAGACAGCUUUGAACAUGCAUUAGAAGUAGCAGAAGCAGCAGCCGAGACAUCGCUGGAAGGGGGAAAUAUGGCACUGGCUAUCUUCAUCCCAGUCCUCAUCAUCUCCUUACUGCUGGGAGGAGCCUACAUUUACAUCACCAGAUGUCGCUAUUACUCCAACCUCCGCCUGCCCCUGAUGUACUCCCACCCCUACAGCCAGAUCACCGUGGAAACCGAGUUUGACAACCCCAUUUAUGAGACAGGGGAAACCAGGGAGUAUGAAGUUUCCAUUUAA